CGUCCUAUUUAUUAUUGUUUACGUUCACUUAUCAUUUAAAUUAGUAACAAAUUUACUUAAAAAUACUUGCAAGAAGAGUUCCUUUAAAUUAUUCCAACUUCAAUUUACAUUAUCAAUUAGUUAUAAUUGUAUUUUAUUUAGUGUAAACCGUGAUGAAAUUAGAUUUAUGUUACAGUGUUUGAAAAACAUUGAGAUGUUACCUGUCCUUAUGUAUAAUAUGGAAGGAUCUUCUAAUUUGAACAGCAGUGGUAAUAAUUUCUGCAGUGUUUACGAUGAGAAUAUUAUACUAAAUAGUGUUAGAAAUCGGAAGAAAGUAUCGGAACAGGCAAAUUGCCCUGUUUGUAGCUGCACUAUAAGACAGGGAGAAUUGGAGUCGCAUCUUGCUUUAGAAGUUGAAAGAUUACAAAAACUGUCGAAUGGUGGUUCUAAACGGAAACUAAGUGCUAAUAGUCCGACUAAUUCUAAUCUAGCAGUCCCUGGUUCAAGUAAUACUGAAGUUCAAAAUGAAGAUGUUGAUGUUACUGGUUGUUUAGGAGGCGAUGUUUACCAAAGGGUACAUUCAAAUCGUUUACGUAGACUUCGUGCUAGACGUCGCUCACCACCACCGCAGACCGGAGAGUGUCCCGUCUGUAAUGCUACAUUACCUGUGUCCAGACUGCAGCGACAUGCAUUACGAUGUCUCAAGAGAACGGGAGCGGAGAUGGAUGAUGAUGUACCUGACACCAGCUCGGAAGAAGGCAGCAUUGAUGUCGAGAACGAUGAGCCGUCAGGGGGCUUUGGGGCGGAGUACCAGUGGUGCGGCGAGUGGCGGGUUAGGGCUGCGGCUCUGCAAGCCGCUGAAGGCAGAGUCGCCACAGCUGUCCGGAGAGUUUCUAAUGAUCAAGCUUUGGUAGUGGAUGGUGAUGAAGAUACAGAAUUAUAUGGACCUCCGCAGUAUUCUCCAUCGAGGAUAGCACCUGAGGCAGAUAUACAUUUAACAGACGAACAGACAGAAGAAAGUCCUAUAGAUAAUCAAGAAGAAACUAUAAAAAGAUAUGAAUCUACAAAAUCAAAUGGUAUUGUUGAAGCAAGCGCAGAGACAAGAAUACAAGCAUUGAAAGCUAAAAUUAAAGAAUUAGAAAACAGACAGAAUUCAGCUUCCGAGGCGAAAUGUCUAAUAUGUUUAGGUCCUCAUAUAUCUCCUGCGGUCUCCAUACAAUGCUGGCAUGUACAUUGUGAGGUCUGUUGGUUGCAAUCUUUAAAAGCGAAGAAAAUAUGUCCACAAUGUAAUGCAAUAACAAGUACACAGCAUUUAAGAAGAAUUUAUAUGUAAAAUAUAGACGGAGAAAGCUUUGCCUAAAGAUAUUAAUGCCUCUGGAAGGCAAAUAAGACACUGUUCGCCUUUAAAUUUAUACUAGAUGCCUUAAUAAAUCAAAAGAAACAUCCAUCAUAAGAAAAAAAAACCAACUGCAGGCAUAAAGCAAAAUAAAUAUCAAAUAUCCAUGUCAUAAGAAACACUUAAUGCCUCUAUAAGUCAAAUUAACACAUAAAGCAUCCCAAAGGCAAAAUAACACCAAAGGCCGCUAUAAGGCAAAUAACACCAAAUGCCUCUAAACGGCUAAAACCAAAUGCCACAAUAAGGAAUAUUAACACCAAAUGCCUCUAAAAGGCUAA